AUGGCAGGAGUGCUCGCCGUCGUCAAGAUGCUGGUGUUCGCCUCGAGCCAGCCGUCGGCAUACCAGUGGAAUGUCAACCGCGCCACCUUCGUCUUCUUCUGGCUUACCGGCGUUGCCUUCGGGGGCGUGCUGGGCUUCGCGAGCGUCAUGCUGGCGUACUCUGAUGCCAGCGCCAAAGAGAGGCCCCACCCUCCGCCAACGCUGGCUCCGAUGGCGCCGCCUGAAGAGCCGCUGUCUCAAGGGCCAGGGUACACGAUCCGGAGUCCAGAGAUGUCUACAGCGCCCGUGGUUGCGACUCAACCGCAGCAGCACUUGUCCUUCGCGGGGUUCAACCACACUGUCUGCUACACACCGUCGUGCGUGUCGCUGGCGAGAGGACUGCGCCACCUGCUCAACCCGCUGGUUGACCCAUGUGACAAUUUCCAGGAGCACGUUUGCGGACGCUACGAAAGUGAAAGGGAUAGCCUACUAGACAACUACAUCGACAUCGCGCGAAAGGCUUUAUAA